AGAGCUGGAUCACCGAGACCAGAGAGCUGGCAGGAGAUGGAAAGGAAAGCAGGGUGUCCGGAUAUUGAGGUGAAAUCCUCGGAGCUGAGCAGAUACAGAUGGAUGUGAUGGAUGAUGUCUAACAGCCCUCCUGUGAGAGCAUCAGGACGCCAUCACUGCUCCGUCCUCCUCAUGGAGCCUGAAGCCAAACCCACCGGGGCAGAGGCAGAUAUAAAGACCAGCAUCCUCCUCCUCCUCCCAGACCCUGUUCUCUGACUAGGACUGAUCUUUGUGUGUCAGCAGGAGAGCGAACAGACGGAGCAGCCAUGUCUCACGGAUGGGGAUACGCGCCACAUAACGGCCCUGAUAAAUGGGGAGUGGAGUAUCCCAUUGCCAACGGGCCCCGACAGUCUCCUAUCAACAUCGUCCCCAGAGAGGCCCAGUACGACUCGUCUCUGAAGGCCCUCAAACUGAGGUACGACCUGUCCAACUCCAAGGGCAUCCUCAACAAUGGCCACUCCUUCCAGGUGGACUUUGUGGACGAGACGGACAGUUCCACUCUGACUGGAGGUCCUAUUUCUGGAACGUACCGUCUGAAGCAGUUCCAUUUCCACUGGGGAGCAAGUGAUGACAGAGGCUCCGAGCACACCGUCAACGGGAUCAAGUUCCCCUGCGAGCUUCACCUGGUUCACUGGAACACUAAGUACCCCAGCUUUGGAGAGGCAGCAGGUCAGCCCGAUGGACUUGCUGUGGUUGGGGUCUUUCUCAAGAUUGGUGCUGCCAACCCCAGACUGCAGAAAGUUCUGGAUGCUCUGGAAGCCAUCAAGUCAAAGGGCAAACAAACAACCUUUCCAAACUUUGACGCGAAGACUCUCCUUCCUGGCUCUCUGGAUUACUGGACUUAUGACGGCUCUCUGACCACGCCCCCUCUCCUGGAGAGCGUCACCUGGAUUGUCCUAAAGGAGCCAAUCAGUGUCAGCCCUGCACAGAUGGCCAUGUUUCGUAGCCUCCUGUUCACCGGAGACGGGGAGGCUCAAUGCUGCAUGGUGGACAACUACCGGCCUCCUCAGCCUCUCAAGGGCCGCCAGGUCCGCGCCUCCUUCAAAUAAACCCAGCAGAAUCUUUAGAGCUUCCCCACCCCGUUACUGACCCAUCCCUCAUUUCAUUAACCUUUCUCUUUUACAGUCUUACUUUAGCUCAUUAAACCUCUGACAUAGACAGCCUGGAUGUAUUCUCAUUUAAAGAACUAUGAUAAAGAUUUUUCAGUUUUUAUGUUUUUAGAAUGAAGCAACCAGUUAGUCAAUCUCAAACCAGUGUUUAAAAAUGCCAUCUACUCAUAAAACUUUUAUUUUAAACUAUGACAAUGUUUAAAUGACUUUCAAGGCUCUCAGAAAUCUUUCAAGGUUCCAGCAAGUCUUUUAAGGCUCUAACAAGUCUUUCAAGUCUCCAAGAAGUCUUUCAAGGUGCUAACAAGUCUUUGAAGGCUCCCAGAAGUCUUUCAAGGCUCUAACAAGUCCUUCCAGGGCUCUCAGAAGUUUUUCAAGUCUCUAGGGAGUCUUUCUAAGCUCUCAGAAGUCUUCCAGGGCUCUCAGAAGUCUUUCAAGGCUGUCAGAAGUCUUUCAAGGCUCUAAGAAGUCUUUCAAGGCUCUCAGACGUCUUCCAGGGCUCUCAGAAGUCUUUCAAGGCUCUCAGAAGUCUUUCAAGGCUCUCAGAAGUCUUUCAAGGCUGUCAGAAGUCUUUCAAGGCUGUCAGAAGUCUUUCAAGGUUCUAAGAAGGCUUUCAGGGCUGUCAGAAGUCUUUCAAGGUUCUAAGAAGGCUUUCAGGGCUCUCAGAAGUCUUUCAAGGCUCUCAGAAGUCUUUCAAGGCUCUCAGAAGUCUUUCAAGGCUCUCAGAAGUCUUUCAAGGCUCUCAGAAGUCUUUCAAGGCUGUCAGAAGUCUUUCAAGGUUCUAAGAAGGCUUUCAGGGCUGUCAGAAGUCUUUCAAGGUUCUAAGAAGGCUUUCAGGGCUCUCAGAAGUCUUUCAAGGCUCUCAGAAGUCUUUCAAGGCUCUCAGAAGUCUUUCAAGGCUCUCAGAAGUCUUUCAAGGCUCUCAGAAGUCUUCCAGGGCUCUCAGAAAUCUUUCAAGGCUGUCAGAAGUCUUUCAAGGCUCUCAGAAGUCUUUCAAGGCUCUCAGAAGUCUUCCAGGGCUCUCAGAAAUCUUUCAGGGCUGUCAGAGGUCUUUCAAGCCUGUCAGAAGUCUUUCAAGGCUGUCAGAAGUCUUUCAAGGCUGUCAGAAGUCUUUCAAGGCUCUCAGAAGUCUUUCAAGGCUCUCAGAAGUCUUCAAGGCUCUCAGAAGUCUUCCAGGGCUCUAAGAUGUCUUUCAAGGCUCUCAGAAGUCUUUCAGGGCUCUAAGAUGUCUUUCAAGGCUCUCAGAAGUCUUCCAGGGCUCUUACUAGUCUUCGGCCUUUAACCAUACAUGACAUCGAUGCUCGCUCUGCUUCUUCUGCCUCACCUAGCUAUAGAUUAAGCACAAAAUGACAAGGCUAUUUUCACUUCUUUUGUUUCCUUUGCUGAUAGAUUAUAUGUUCAGUUUCAAAUCUAAAGAGUUUAAGCUGUUACACUUUUAGGUAGAUUGCACAAAAUCUGGCAUAACUACUAGAUAGCUAAUGACUAACUAACUGUUAGUUAAGGGCAUCAAUUAGUAGUUCUUUGCUAGUUGACAAAAGCCACCAGUGAUUCUUUCUUUAUAAAGUAACCAUGAAACUUCUUUGUGUUGUCAUAGGUAGGGUUAGGUUUAGGGUAGGGUUAGGGAUUGGGUACUGUUGGAUUAGGGUAGGGUCAAGGUAGGCUUAGAGAAGGCUUAGGCUUAACAUACGAUAUGGUAGGGUUAGGCUUAGGCUUAACGUAGGGUAUGAUAGGAUUAGGGUUAAGCUUAACGUAGGGUAUGGUAUGGUAGGGUUAGGCUUUACGUAGGGUAUGGUAUGGUAGGGUUAGGCUUUACGUAGGGUAUGGUAUGGUAGGGUUAGGCUUUACGUAGGGUAUGGUAGGGUUAGGGUUAGGCUUUACGUAGGGUAUGGUAGGGUUAGGGUUAGUAUCAGCCACGGUUUCUUGAAAAUCUUUGAAAAUAUCUCAAAGUUCUGCCUUGUUUGCCUUGAUUGUCCUCCUACUCUAUGCAUUCAGUCAUAUCUCAGACAGCUGCUGGGAUCGUGGACGAUUCUUUUCUGAUGAUGCCUCAUUCUGUCCAUCUGAGUUUUAUUUAACAGUGUAGGCUCUUUGGCCUUCACCCACCAGCCAGUUCCUCUAUGCAAGUAGACUUUAGGACUUGUAAUCAUUGUGUGAUGGUGAUGUUUAAGAGAAUCCAGAAUGUUAUAAACCAGACUUUAGGUAUUGUUCAUCUUGGGGCCAUGUCCAAAAACUUAAGUUUUAUUUUAAAGCCUGCUCUCACUCUUAUCUCAUCAAAUAUGGCGGCUCAGUCAGGCCAAACACUGCAAAAUGUGACGGUGAGUUCCCCUGUAGCCCUCCAUCCAGUGUUUUAAAAUGAUGCUGGAUUCAUUAUAACAAUUAUCGGCAUCCAAAAGUACCUUAACUUUGAAAAUCUUCAGUCGUACUUUAACCAAAAGCUGACAUGAGCAGAAAAAAAUAGCACUGUCUGAAUGUCACAAAUGCAAUGAGAACUUUUUUGCACUAGAACAUUUCAAGUUUAUUUUAUUUAUUACAAUUAAGAGGCACAUUUGUUUGCUUUAUAUUGUUGUCUAUUAAAAAGAAGACAUUUCUGCAUACAGAAAGCCUAGACAUUCUGUUUUACUGCUUGGUGUUAGCACAGUUAAGUUUGUUAAAUUGCAUGUGAUAUUAUUUACGUGUGUAAGUGGGGAAAAAGAUAUGCAGUACGUUAUCUCAGAGGCUAUGUUGGGUGGUCAUGUAAAGCAUGUGAACAGUGAAGGCCAGUUGAUUCUUUACUAUAUACCAACCAUCAUCUGUGUCUACACAGAAACAGCCUAAAUACUAAAUACUGACUGAAGUCAUUUCCCAGUAUAACAGACCUGAACUCCUCUCUUCAUGUACCAGCUGUUUCUUAUUUUCUACAGCUCAUUUGACCACUUUAUCUAUCUGAAGGUAUGAAUGAAUGAAAGCAUGUCCAUGCUAAAAUGAGGUUACAGGGGUAUUUCUACUGUGUUGUACUGAAGUGUUUGGCUGCUGACUGAGCCGCUGUGGGAGUGGGAACGUGUUUCUCUGUGUGGGGCUGCCAUCAUCCCUGGGUUUAAUUUUCAUGGCUUUAACCAGUUCGGUAUUCUUCUCGUGUGACUCCAUGUUUUUAUGUAGACCUGCCUAUAUCACCACAGUGCAUUAAACUAUGAUAAAGAGACUCGUGUUAUACAGAAUUUAAUGUUAGAAAGAGUGAAGUUGAAGAUAGUAAAGUCCACAGUAAUUUAUCUUGACUUUUCAUAACAGCUCUAAGACUGUGGCUCUAAUGCGGACAGCAUUAACCCUUUAAAGAGUGUCACUUUAAAUGUUUGUCACAGUACUGACAGAAGCUUUGGAAAAAUGUUGUCAAUGAAAAUGAAUUUUAUCAAUAAAAACUUUGAACUGA